AUGUCCGGCCAGAAUGCUCUCGAAGCUAGAGGUCUGCCUGGCAGCGGACAGCAUGAUUCUACCGAGCCUACUUGGCCAUCGCCUGUUGGUCACACCAGCCGACACUCGAGACGAUCCGAUGCAUCCGAACCACCAAAUCAGCAUGGCGUAGCCUCCAACCUCGACGACAACCUCGAGGGCGCUUCCAAGAGCAGCAAAGCAAAGUCGUCCGACACGCUUCGUCGAUCGCAAGCUUGCCUUGCGUGUCGUAAGAGGAAGCUUCGCUGCGAUGCCAAGAAGCCGACCUGCACACGUUGCGAAACGGCCUGGCUCGCCUACCACACCUCUGCCGGCGACGACGGCACGUCGAUCGAGAGACCACCGCCAUGCGCCUACGACACCUCUUUGCUAGCCAAGAUCUUCAGGAGAGGUAGCUCGGACGAGAGCACCCAGCCGUCGACGUCACAGCCAUCAGCCUCUCAUCGCCCUGACGCCGUCCCAGCACCGCAGAACGAGCAACUCUUGGAGGAGAACGAGCAGCUGCGUGUCCAGCUCUCGCAACUUCAGUCACAGCUUCGCCUGGCUGAACCUGUCGCCACAACCACACCCGCCCGUCGCAGCUCAAAGGUGCGCUUCCAGCCGCAGCAAACUGGUCCCAGCUCCAACGUGGCAUCACGGUUGUCCAGCCACGACCUUGCUGGAGAUCCACGAGGCGCUUCGCUCAGCUCCAAACGUCCGAGGUCUUUCGGUGACGACGACAUCAAGUCAGAGAGGAAGCGGGGCAGCUUUGACGCUGCAAUACCCCCAUUCCAGCCCAGAAUGACGGCUCGCGACCAAAGGAUCGGCUCAGCCUCACGACAGUACGAGAGCAGCAGCUUGGAAACGCAGGAGAGGUUGCGCUCAUCAGCGGUGGCGCCAUCGGUGCUGAGCUGGAGGGCAGCUGUGCCGCAACCCGUGGCGGCACGUCCCACUCCGCAUGGCACUGAUUCAAGAGGGCGCUCGCCUCGCAUGCCAUCUGCGUCCGGAUCUUCAAGUAAGGUGCCGCCGUUGCCAAACACGCAGGCGCUGGAUCGGCUGCUCGACGUCUGUCGGCACGAGUCGUGGUUGUUUUCGGCGAUCAAUGGCUACGCCCUGAGCGACGUCGCUGCGCUGAUGGAGACGACAGCGGAUGCAGAGAGCGACAAUCUCAUAGCCCAGGCGCUGAUGCUGGCGUGUGUAGCCACGGGUCUGCCUCUGCUUGCGGCUGCGUCGACAUCCAACAUCAGGUCCACUCCAUUCUUGAGCAGCAUCAACGAUUUGCUGGCGGCGCACGCGCAAUGGGAUCUCGUUGGCCUCAAAAGUCCUCUUUGGGUCGCCACGGUCACCAAGAUCUACGCCGACGGAGCACGAAAAGUGCUCAACCAAGCUCAGGCAAAGGCAGCUGGCCUAGUAUUGCCUGCAACGUUUGUCGUCCGCUUGCUUCUGGUGGAACUCUCGCAUGCUCAAUUGGCAUUCUCCUCUGCGCAGGCCGACCUGGCGGCGGCAGUCUCGGAAUGUCGUCUGCUGCGUCUUCAAAGUGGUUUUGCAGGAGGGGCACCUCGUCUGUCGACCGACACCGCGCGAUCUUCCCGCCUCGCCAGGGCUCUGCGCGGUCUGAUGCAGGGCAAGGAGGAGACGUUCGCCUUCUGGAGCCUGUUCCUGCACGAUUGCAUUCACAGCCGUGCAGCACUACUACCCGUGCUGUUGGAGCGAAAGAGCAUCCAGAUCGGCUUUCCUCAGUCCACCGAGAGUGAGGCCAUGAGCCCGUCACAGCGCAACCUCAGCCAAGUCGGCGCACACCUCCAACGGCGUCGCGGCUGUCCCUCGCUGCAAGCCUCCGACGACUCCAUGUCGCUCCUCGUCAAGGUCAGCCUGGUUCUCGAUCAGUGCUGCGAAUUUAAUCUUGCUGCUCGUGGCGUAGACAGCAUCAGCAUGCGCGAGGAACUGGUAUCGGCGCAUGAAAGCAUCCGCAACUCGCGCAUGAUGCUGUCGCAAUUCGACGAUCGGACCGUGUCGCGUUUGGGUGUGCUCCAACCUGGCGUGGGCAGCAGCGGCGGCGCUCGACGCCAGGACCUCGUGCAGAGCCUGUUGCUGCAGGAUCGACUGCGCUUUGCCGCCGAGGUGGCGCACCACCUGUCGGUGCUGACGCUGUUCGGGACCGAGGUCAACGCGGUCAACCCCAUCAUCCAGGGCGGCGAGGCGCGGAGCAGGAUUGCCAACGCAGCCGUGUGGCUGUCCCGACUGGCGGAUAUGGCGUUGCAGAAUUCGAGCAUGUUGUGUUCGCUGCCGUCGUUGUGCUCGCCUGCGCUGUUCGUGGCAGCCCGAUGGUUGCUCUACCUUCAAGGCGCCGAUCGGAACGGCUACCAAUCGGAUCUCUCCACGUUGGUUCUGGCCCUCAGCAAGCGCGGCAAAUGGUUCAGCCGCGAUCGGUCGCUCGCCAAAGCCAUAGUGGCGCUCAAGAGGGAGAGCGAGACGUAUGGGCGUAUCUGCGUCUCGCCGUUCACUUGGCCCAUUGAGGCGGUCUCGGAGUUCGUACCCGUCCCAGCGCAGGGUGUCGGGCUGAACAGCGUGCCCGCGUCGCGACCUCAGACGGUCGGACGCAGCUCUGUGUCCAUCGCCACCCUGGCCGCCUCGGUGGAGGACGCGGCGGUGGUAGAGCUGGUCAAUGCAGCAAAACCACGGUGA